AAGGGAGGUCUUCGAAACUGACUGCACCCGUUUUAGUUUCUGCGUUCUCCGUCUCUUUACCCAAAACAGAGAAGAGGAGGAAGGAGAAAGGCCUCGAUCUCGAUCUCAAGAUUUUUCUCCAGCGAUUCUCUUCGAGAUGGGGUUGACGUUCACGAAGCUUUUCAGCCGCUUGUUUGCGAAGAAGGAGAUGAGGAUUUUGAUGGUGGGUCUCGAUGCCGCUGGUAAAACCACGAUCCUUUACAAGCUCAAGCUUGGAGAGAUCGUCACCACCAUUCCUACCAUCGGAUUCAAUGUGGAAACUGUGGAGUACAAGAACAUUAGUUUUACUGUUUGGGAUGUUGGGGGUCAGGAUAAGAUCAGACCGUUGUGGAGGCAUUACUUCCAGAAUACACAGGGUCUAAUUUUCGUUGUUGACAGUAAUGACAGAGAUCGUGUUGUUGAGGCGAGAGAUGAGCUCCACAGGAUGCUGAAUGAGGAUGAGCUGCGAGAUGCUGUGCUGCUUGUGUUUGCUAACAAACAGGAUCUUCCAAAUGCAAUGAAUGCUGCUGAAAUCACUGACAAACUUGGCCUGCAUUCCCUUCGUCAGAGGCACUGGUACAUACAGAGCACUUGUGCUACAUCUGGUGAAGGUUUGUACGAGGGGCUCGACUGGCUCUCCAGUAACAUUGCCAACAAGGCUUAAACAUCUCUCUAUGUGGGCUGAAGUGAGGAUGUGAUGAAGCUUUAGAUGAAACUUAUUAAUCUCUCAGACGUGUUGGUUUUUGUGUUGAUGUGGAUGAUGUUUUCGGUUUGGAUUGUUACUAUUGCUGUUACUUGCUUUAUUUGCCUAGGCCCAUAACUUGUUUACUGUUUGGUAGUAUUUGACGCUUGUUGUAAUUAGUUUACAUGGUCUCUGGUAUAUUUACCUCUACUAUAUUUUGAUCAUUGAUCUAUGCCCCAGCUAUUAUCGGCAUUAGUC